CGCCCGGCCAGGGCGACGUGGUGCCCGAGGUGGCGCCCGUGGAGGGCGACGUGGUGCCGGGCGAGACGGCCGGCAAGGCGGACGCGGCGCCGGACGCGGCGCCCGGCCAGGGCGACAUGGUGCGGGACUCUCCGCCCGAGGAGGAGAAGGCUGCGGCCGCCGCGCGCGAGCCGGAGCCGGAGCCGGAGCCGGAGCCGGCCGUGGAGCAGGCGCCGGUGGAGGACGGCGCCGGUUUGCUGAGCGCACCCGGUCGCCAGGAGCCGGUGCAGGCCGCGCCCGCCGGCGAUCCGCUCGACCUGGAGUACCCCAACAACCGGAUCAAGGAGGAGCUGGAGAAACCGGACGCGCCGCUGGACGAGGAGGCCGGCCAGAACGGCGAGGCGGCGCCGCCGUCGCCACCGCAGGACAACACGGCCGUGAAGGAGGCGGCCCUCAUCAGCGGCCUGCAGGAGCUCUCGGAGAAGGCUGCCAAGCCGGAGUCGGCCGCCGGGCCCGCAGGGGCCGACGAACCUGGCGCUGGCGACGGCGACGACGGCGGUGACGACGGCGGUGACGACGGCGAUGGCGGCGGGGCCGGGCCCAAGUCGGCCGAGGCGGCCGGCGAGCAGCGGAUGGCCGACUUCGAGGACCUGGGCGCCGUCUAGGAGCGAGCCACGCCGGGCGCGCGCCCGAUGUGGCCCUGACGCAGCCGGCGCGCCUCGAGACUGUUC